AUGAGCGAGGAGCUGGGACGCAGUCCGUCUGUUGAGAUUGAAGCCAACUCAGCUCUCGAAAGCACCAACAAACCCGAGUACAGCGAGGAACACAACGACUCGGGACAGGACUUGGUGCCGCAGCAGCAGGCAUCAAAAUCCUCAGCAGAAGAGGUGGUAUAUGAAAUAAAGGAUGAAGCUGAGUACAACCAAACACGCGCGGUGUUUAUUGGCAAUCUCACGACUCCUUUUGACAAUGCAGACUUCCAAAGGAUGUUGAACGACGAGGCUGCCAAAUCCGGGGCCACAAUCGAGCGCGCGUGGCUGAACAACAAAAGAUCCCACUGCAUCGUGAUUGUUUCAACAGUUGAUGGUGCAGUAGAGAUCCGGAAGAAUUUAAACGGAAAGCUUUUCCCGGAGGUUUUAGAAAGGGAAACAGAAGCAGAAGUGGGGACACCCGAAUCACACGAUUCCUCUCACCUCAGAUUGUAUGUGGAUUUCAUACCUGUUAAGGCCACACAGCUCUGGAUUGAUCAGGAGAACCAUAGUCCCAAAGAUGCAGUAUGGCGGGUGUCAUAUGCCACGAAAAUUGGCCGAACUUCCGAGAAGCCAUUUUUAAUAGCCACUCACCAAAUGGUGAAUUAUCCCAACCAAGGACUUGGAUACAGGUCAACGGGAACAUCGUAUCGCUCAGGUCAUCGUGGAUAUGAUCGAGGAGACCGUGGUGGAUACGAUCGUGGUAGUUAUGAUCGUGGUGGUUAUGACCGUGGUGGAUACGACCGUGGUGGAUAUGACCGUGGUGGAUACAGGCGUGGUGGUCACAGGGGAAGAGGUGAUAGAGAUCCAAGGGACAACAGAGAUCGAGAAUUCAGAGAUCAAAGGGAUUCCGUAUAUCACAGAAGAGAGCGGGAUCGGUACUACGGCAGGCGGACUGGUUACAGAGACUCCAGAGAAUACCGGCCCGAUGACAGGGUCCCCAGAGAGAAUCGGCCCGCUUCGCGGUCGCCAGUGCGCUACUCCAGAUCGCGUUCUCCAAGAAGGUCACCAAGAGGAUCACCAAGAGGAUCACCCAGGUGGAGUAAUGAGUAG